AUUUAUCAGUCGAGUUCACAAAUUUUCUUUUGAAAAUGUAUGCAGCUCGCUGCGUGAAACGAGCGAUGCCUCGGUUUACGCUUCACGUGCAUCACAUUCUGGGCCAAAAGCCAUUGAUGAAGACUCGCCAGAUGCCGAUGUUCUAUACAUUUCGUUACCUGGGCGCCAAGGAUGGUGGAAAGCCGCCAGUUGCUGCUGCAGGAGGAGGCGGUGGCAAGGCGCCAGCUGCUGCAGGAGGAGGCGGUGGCAAGGAGCCAGCUCCUGCAGGCGGAGUCGGUGGGAUGCAGCCAGCUCCAGACGGAGGCGGAGCAGCAGUCGUUGAGAUGACGCCGCCGGCAGUUAUUUUGAAGAUAAUCAAGGCCAGGAUUGUGCCCGAACUCAGCUACGACGAUCGCAACAUGCGACUGGGGCGCGUUAUGUCGCCGGCUCUGACGAUCUACAAGAAACAGCUGACGUCGGUGCUCUCCAUCCUGCUGCGGAUGUCAGGCUUCGCCCUGACGCUGUUCGUGUGGGGACUCGGCCUCACGGGCCUCUUCUCGAAACGCACCCUCGCCGAGUGGGCGGAGAAGGUGAACGAAUGCGAUGUGCGUCGCAAUGUCGUGAGUGGCAUGAAGUUCGUGAUGAUCUUUCCGUUCGUCUAUCACGUGGUGGCCGGCACUCGCCAUUUGAUCUGGCAUUUGGAUGUGUUCCUCACCAAGCCACAGAUCUAUGCCACUGGCUAUUUGGCCGUUGUGUUGACCUUUGUCCUGGCUGGAGGCAUGACCAUGCUGAACGUUGGGGAAGAGGUCAAAAAGGAUGUUGUGGACAUGACGGACGAGAAGCACUACAAACAGAAGAAGGCCGAGGAGAAGAAGAAGGCAAAGGAGGAGGCAAAGGCCAAGGCCAAGAUGGAGGCCGAAAAGAAAGCCCAGGAGAAAGCUCUGGCCAAGGAGCAGAAGAAAGCCCAGGCCAAGGAAGCCGACGGCAAGGCCAAGGAACCACCAAAGUAGGUUUCCAAAAAAAGCCCCGCCCCAGAAAUGUUAAUAAAUGGAUUUAAAAUAUUUUCUAUA